GCAUUGCGAAAUGGUAACUUAUCGAUACACAAGCGAGCGUCAAGCACAAAACAGCAAGAUGCGUGAAUCGAAAAUGAUAGGCAGCGAAAAAAGAGACAAAGAAUGUUUGUUUAAACUUGUUGAGAUCGUACGUUCUUUGAUAAAUUAUUCAGUUGAUGCAGGAAUGCAGACUGCAGAACAAUGCCUAACAAUGAGGAAGAUAGGAAUUGGUAAAGUUCGGUGUACACAAGACGAUUGAUUCGAUAAAAUGAACGAGAAGCAAGAAGAUUAUCGAUAAAGUCAAUGGAAAAUGUUUUUGUCUUUUCUUAAACGAUCGCGCAAUGAGAGAUUUAAAACCUUAGUUUUUAGUUUUUGGUACGUCUUUACGGGGGGGGAUGGGGUUUUAAUGAAGGGAAGUGGAGUUUAGCUAGGGCGAAUGAUAGGGAGCGAAAGUGUGCUUGUGAAUGAUCCCAGUAAGAGUGUGCAUGUGGUUCUGUAUGUAUGUGGUUGAUUUUGAAUGUACGUGACCAUUUAUAGUAGUUCUCAAUGAGAUCAAGAGAAAGCGCGAGAGAGUAAGCGAGGUACAAAGCAAAGAAAGAGUAUUAGUAUACAAAGAGCUCUAUUGCAAAAAAAGAUGCAAGAGAUGUUUUUGUUUGUUAUUUAAAUAAGAAAACUAGGGAGUAGAAUGUAAGGAGGUACUCCUCAACAAGGAAUGUGUACACACGGGGGAGGAGUACCGUAGGCUUUCUACGUCCUGCGACAACAUCGUGGGUAUCGACGGCUUCUAAUUGGAAAGGGAUAGGAUAUGCCGUGUGAUGAAUGGUUGUUGUUUAUGUUUGUUCCUGUUGAGCGAGUCGAGAGCCGGUGGCUUUGUGGUACCACCUCCGUUAUGUGCCCGCCUGUCGCGAUGGGCUCUAGCCAUGUGAGCGCCCGGUUAUCUCUUGGCCCGGCUCGGUGCUUUCGAUGAUAGUGGGUUAACCAAAGAUUGUCGGAAAACGGUGGGUGUGCCAUCAGAGUCUCUUUGAUGCUACACACACACACACACACGAGCGAAAGAGAUGUAUCAUCUUGUUUUUAAUGCCAAUGAAACGAAGGUGCGCACUUAACACAUCCCUUUUGAUAACGGUACGCGGUGGUACGAUGUUUGAUGGUGGCGCAGGAAUUUUUGCUCCCGGAAUCGCGGACUCCAGGAUGUUGUAGUAGAUAUGCAUUUAUCCCCUAGUGUACAAAAGGAAGCGGGGGUAAGAGUUGGACCCACUCCUGGGUCAUACUGCCAUUAAUGAGCUCUCGGGUAUGUAUGCCAUGAAUCGACACAUCGACCAUCUUGCAGUCAAGGCAAAAGUCCUCUUGGUCGCUAUCGCGAGCCAAACUUUACCGCGGUACUACUUUUUUUGAAACGGGUUAGAGACGACGAAGGUGAAAAAGAGUGCGAACGCGAACAACAAGAUCUACCUUAUUUCCUUACGAGGAGCAAUAGAUCCCGACGACAGUACCACAUCUAUUUCUAUCUGUUGAAAAUGUGAACCUUCUGCUUUACUUUUUUGUAAAAGGUGUAACUGUAAGAUAGCUAGGAAGUGCAGUGGCCCAAAUAAGAGUGCAUACGUGUUUGCGAUUACCAUAUUGUAGAUGUUGCACCGAUGCAACCACGAUGUGACACCUAAAGGCCGGGCCUGAAUCUCUAUUUGAUUCGUAGUGCUGCUGAACGCAUCAACAGAGCCUGACGAGAGAGGACAGCCAUUGAUAACUAUACAGCAGAAGAGAGAUAGAAAUGGAGAAAGAGAGGGGGCAUGCCUUAUUAUCUAUUUAUUAUGAGAUGUUGUAGCGAGCGGAAGGAUAAAUCAGCAACACAUAACUCGAGCGGAAGGUGCGAAAAAUCAAGAUGAUACCGAAGUAUUCGAUGCUGACCACAUACACACACUACAGUACUAGAGAAAAAGGACCAUUGUGAGAGGCGCCGGAGAAGUCUAGCGGGGAGCUAUCCGCUGGUAAAGGUUGGAAUCAACAGGAAUCCCACUGUUAUCAUGUACAUCGGCUAAAUCAUCGUCUCGCUCUAUAGAAGAACAUAGAACAGAAAAAUGAAACGCAACCUUUCGACAACUCGAGAGAGACGCACUCGUAUGUGUGGCUGUAUUCAAAGUUAUCCAAUAGUUUCAGCUUCAUGCGCAACCCAGUGACCACAACAAACAUACCUCGACAUAAGGAAAAGUGCAUUACAACCAUUGCGCUUUGUUGAAGAAAAGAAAACGAACCAUUUCUUCCAGGAUCCCACCUCACUAUCAUCAUUUGAUACGAAAUGUGAAGGGUAACUAGGAGUCUGCUGUAACCAUAAAGACCACGUGGACCUCAGUAGUAGCCAAAAGCGUGUGUUAGAUCGAACGAUGGCGAACCUUCCGCUUAUAAAUGCAGUAAUCUCCAUUUACAACACACAGCCGCAUUAACAGUUAUACAGGAAUGCAACGAAUUUCUCGACUUACCUCAUGAGUAAUGUGACCGUUCGGAGGAAGCUGCUUACAUUGCUGCU